GACUACAAAUAAAUGAUGUGCUGUGACGUUUCCUUAAUACAUGCCUUUGAAGCAGAGGAGCCUGCUGUAGAAGAAGAGCUGGAGGCAGACAAAGGAAUUUCACAACCUGAACCAGAACCUGAGCAAAGCUCUGAAAAUCAGCAUCCUGAAACCUCCAUCACUCCAGACCAGGCAUCACUGCUGCCUUCCUCUCACCCUGUCUCUGAACUUGCUGCUGAGCUUGAAGAUAAUGCAAACACCAUCAACCUUCAGGACAACAUCCCAGAUAGGCAAGAUAUUAUUACCAACAGUGUUUCAGAUGAUGCAGUUGAUGUAGCUGCACCCGAGGUCAUUGAUUCUGACCUGCCUCCAGCUGACUGUGAGGAGGAGAAGAACCCAUAUGACAAUGAUAGCAGUCCUCCAAUUGUUCUGGAGAACACUUCCAAUGUUCACACUGCAGGUACUAAAACCCACACGGACCCACCUCUGACUUCUAAGACUGGUCCUGGCACACAGCCUCUGGAGGCCAACACCUCACACAUGCUGAAAAAGCAGGACCCGAGCUCCCCUGUUACCACAGGCACAGAUUCCAGUCCGAGCAGCAAAGACCCCGAGGACAUCCCCACUUUUGAUGAGUGGACGCGGAAGAUGAUGGAGGUCGAGAAUGAAAAGACUCAGUCCACUCAUUCUUCCAACAACGGGGCUCCUCACACGGUGAAGAAGGUCCAGAAGAACUUUAAUAACUACGCCUCAGUGGAGUGUGGAGCUAAGAUCCUUGGCGCUAACCCAGAGGCAAAG